GCUUCGAAGGAAUCUCAACUUACCACCAACCAAUCAACCUCGAAACGGCUAACCGAACAGAGAGUUUCAAAAAAGCCAGUUUUCAACUCAAUUUUUUGUGAUCCUGAGCUCAUCGUUUGCCCAGUUGUCAAACAUUUAGUUAACUUUCAGUUGCAAAAAACGUGGCAUACAUUUGCGUGCUCUCAUUGGGCCGAAUUCCAAACUUAAUUGAAAAACUUUUUAAGGCACUUUCCCUUGAAAUUCGGACAUUGUGAAAUGUAAAAUCCAGUUAAAGCAGUGCUCGCAUUCUAAAGAAAAUCUUAUACAGAAAAAGACAAUUCUCUUGAAUAAGUUAAUAAAGUUUCAACUUUAAAUUUAAAAAAAUAUUUGCGUAAACGCUAGUUGUUAUAUUGAAGUGCAGGUGUCACUGGCAAGUGACGGAAAAGGCAAAUUAGUUUCCCAUCAACGCGAAGCAAGAGUGAUAAGUGAAAAUGUUUCAUUUGAAGCGGGAACUGAGUCAAGGCUGCGCCUUGGCCCUCAUCUGCCUGGUGUCCCUCCAGAUGCAGCAGCCCGCCCAGGCGGAGGUGUCCUCGGCUCAAGGCACUCCCCUGAGCAAUCUCUAUGAUAAUCUGCUGCAGCGCGAGUACGCCGGCCCCGUCGUCUUUCCCAACCACCAGGUGGAGCGCAAGGCCCAGCGCUCGCCCUCUCUGCGCCUCCGGUUCGGACGCAGCGAUCCGGACAUGCUGAACAGCAUUGUGGAGAAGCGUUGGUUCGGCGACGUCAACCAGAAGCCCAUCAGGUCGCCCUCCCUGCGUCUGCGCUUUGGCAGGCGGGAUCCCAGUCUGCCGCAGAUGCGGAGGACCGCCUAUGAUGAUCUCCUGGAGCGGGAGCUCACCCUCAACAGCCAGCAGCAGCAGCAGUUGGGUUCCGAGCCGGACUCCGAUCUGGGCGCCGACUACGAUGGACUGUACGAGCGAGUGGUGCGGAAGCCACAGCGACUUCGCUGGGGACGCAGUGUUCCCCAGUUCGAGGCAAACAACGCGGACAAUGAACAAAUUGAACGAUCGCAGUGGUACAACUCGCUUUUGAACUCGGACAAGAUGCGGCGAAUGCUCGUGGCCCUCCAGCAGCAGUACGAAAUUCCGGAGAACGUGGCCAGCUAUGCCAACGAGGAGGACACUGAUGCGGAACUGAAUAACGAUACGUCGGAGUUCCAGAGGGAAGUCCGUAAGCCAAUGCGCUUGCGGUGGGGCAGGAGCACUGGCAAAGCUCCGUCAGAGCAAAAGCACACUCCCGAGGAAACCUCAUCCAUCCCACCCAAGACACAGAACUAAAUUAUUAGAAGCCCCGCCAUGUGAAGGAUCAGCAGGAGAUUGGCAUCAAUUACAAGAAAUCGUCAACAAGCUACACGGUCAAUAAGAUACAGAAAACAUAUAUGCCCCGCGUCGGAAAACGUUUUUUAAAGCAUUUUCGAGAUCGCAGCGGGCUAGAAAUACACACUAAUGAGCAUAUAUACUAUACAAACACACAUAUGUAUGAUUAACCACCUAGUUUAACUUUUUAAUUUGAAUAGUUACAAGUAAACGCAAACUUGGAAAUUUAUUCUGUUUGUAAUCUUUAACAAUGCGCAGGUAAAACAAGGUAACACAAGUUUAACUUAUAUUAAAGUGUAUUCAUUUGCAAUGACUUUAAUUUAAUUUCAUUUCAUUUAUUUAGCUAUUUGUUUGAUAAUUCUGAAUUUGUAUUAAAUCUCAAAACAGUAAAGUCUCCCUAUUCCUAACAUGCUCAAUUAAGCAACUUUGCAACUAUUUGAAUGCCCCGAAAACUUUUAGACUCAAUGUAUAUACAAAAUGGAGAAUCCUUUUAAAAACUAGCGCCAAUUUGUUAUGACAACGGUAGAAUGCCAUAAACAACUUAUUGUUCUAUUAGUGACACACUUCUUGAUUUCUAAACUAGUAAGCGAAUUUCGAUUUAACGUUACGAUGGAAAUGUUUGAAAAACAUAGAGGCCCCCGGAAGCUGUAUUACUGUAACACUUUUUAUAUUAUGUGUGCUAAAACUUAUAAAUAUAUGUAUAUCAACUAAUAUAUCAUACGACUAUAUAUAUAUAUACGAUGAGCAUUGUCUAUUGAAAUUUUAUUGAUGUAUUUUAAUAAAAGGAGAAAACAAUUACAGUGGCGAGCGAGCAUAAAGCUGAUUGUUGUUAGAACACUUUUGUAUAUUUAAUUUACACCAUCAUUGAAAUUAUUGUUGAACAACUAAAAUAUUAUGAAGAACAUAUACUUUGUGGUGAGCAUCCAUAAACAGCUGAAAAUUGCGAAAACAGUUUACCGCGAUAUAUAUCACUAUAUGCGCAUAUAUACCUUUAAAUGAGUGUAAUAUCAUGAAUGUAAAUAAAAGAGCAGGAAUAAUUAAAAGCAA